AUAUAGAGAGUGCACUUGUUUUUCCGAGACGCGCGUGCAAUUGCUUCUUCUGAACUCGUGUGCUGGUCUGCACUGAAGCCGUUUGCCUCCUAUUACAAUAUCAUCUAACAUUUUCUAAGGUGUUGCAUAAGAAGGCUUGCAGCGAAACCCCAGGGGCUCGCCCCUGAACGUGCAGGAUGUCAGGUUUAGACACCCGGAAUGCCGACACCGCGGCAUGGCUCGUAAAGGUGCCGGUGGCGCUGGCGGCUGUGUGGAAGGCGGCGUGCGACCAGUCCAUGGCGGGGGUGGUGGACGACAGCGGCACGGAGGAGGGGGCGGGGCAGCUGCUGGGGCGCAUCGUCACAGAGGAGGGCAACGACUCAUUUCUGGAGCUGCCGGAGUCCAUGCACGCGGAGGGCAUCCCAAAGCGCUUCAAGCUGCAGUCCAUGCCGCUGCCGCCCGGCGCCGGCACCGACAGCCGCAUGCACGUGCUGUCGUACGAGGUGGCGGCGGCGGCGGCGGCAGGGGCGCCAGGAGCGGCAGCGGCCAGCGCCCCGCCGAAGGAGCUGCCUAAAGCACGUGCGUACGGGUAGGUGGAUAUGUGUGAGGGGGGUGUACCGUAUGUGUGUGUGGGAGGGCCAGUGGGUGUUGGACAGCGAGUACCUCAAGCUGGUGCGGUCGCGCACGGAGCGGGCGGCGGAGAAGGUCCGGGUGGUGGGCCGCUACGACGGACUGGACCUCGACAACCAGAUCGCGGCGCGCGUGCAGGAGCGCCGCCUGCAGAAGGACAUCGUGGAGCGGAGGAAGGUGGGGGGGGGAGUGGGAGUGGGG